UAAAAUUUGGUUUGUCACACAUUUUCUACAGAUAACCAAGGAUGGGAGCCUACAAGUACAUGCAGGAGUUAUGGAGGAAGAAGCAGUCGGACGUGAUGCGAUUUCUGCUUCGCGUUCGCUGUUGGCAGUACCGACAGCUGUCCGCACUCCACCGAGCUCCUAGGCCCACCAGACCCGACAAGGCCCGCAGGCUGGGGUACAAGGCAAAGCAAGGUUAUGUCAUCUACCGUAUUCGUGUUCGCCGUGGUGGCCGCAAGCGUCCUGUACCCAAGGGUGCUACUUAUGGCAAGCCUGUGCAUCAUGGUGUAAAUCAGAUCAAGUUUGCCCGCAGUUUGCAGUCUGUGGCAGAGGGGCGUGCUGGUCGUCAUUGUGGAGCCCUGAGGGUACUGAACUCCUACUGGGUGGGUGAAGAUUCUACAUACAAGUUUUUCGAAGUGAUUCUCGUUGACCCAUUCCACAAGGCAAUCAGACGCAAUCCCGAUACCCAAUGGAUUACAAAACCUGUUCACAAGCACAGAGAGAUGCGUGGUCUUACCUCUGCAGGCCGGAAGAGCCGUGGUCUUGGCAAGGGUCACAGGUUCCACCUUACAAUUGGUGGAUCCCGCCGUGCAGCCUGGAGAAGACGCAAUACCUUACAGCUGCAUCGCUAUCGUUAAGUGUAUUCUUGUAUAUUUCACUUUCCAAUAAAACAUUUGUUUGCGAUGGUU